AUAUUAAGGAAUUAAAGAAUGGUGCGUGAUUGUAGGGAUUUAGCAAAUAAUUCGUCAGAUUUCAAUCUUAAUUUAGUCCUUGUUGUUUUUGCUGAGUCAGACUCGAAUAAACCGCAUUACUCGGAGGUAGCGGCUGGUCUUAUGGCGAAGAUGGGGUAUGACCAGUCUCAAGGACUGGGAAAGAAUUCCCAAGGCAUAAAAGAGCCGAUACAAGCCCUUAUACGUCCUAAGGGAUUGGGACUUGGGUAUGUGGAUGAUGAUAUGCUCGUGCCUCUUCUUGCACCUGCACCUGAACCAGAAGUGGUGCCUGAUCUUUUACCUGAUAUAGCUUCACCUAAAGUUGUAGCUGAAGCAAAAGGGCCUCCCAACGAUGAUGAGAGAUUAGAGAUUAUCCAAGCAGAAGCACGCAAGGCUUGGGAAGAGUUAGUUUCUACUGUGCGAGGUAGAGAGUUUUGGGGACCCGAACCCUUAAAGCAGGAGACUCCCGCUGAAGAUGAUGUUCUUAUCAAUAACCAUACCAUGGUUUGGGGUUCAUAUUGGAAAGAUCACAAAUGGGGGUUUGGUUGUUGUAAAAAUUUCACUAAGGAGAGUUUCUGUCAACCUCCUGAGUGUAACUCUGACUUCCCUGCUUCUACUUUCAGUCAUGAGUUUACCCAUCAAAUACAGAUUGGUGCAAACACACAAAUGAGAAAAAGAAGGAGGAAGAGCAGAGGUGUUAAGAAAGAGCAAGAAACACAGAUUGUUGCCACAGCCUGUGCAAGGUUUUCACCUGACGGAAUGCAUCUUGCUUCUUGUUGCUCGUUUGAUGCUUUCAUAAAGAUUUGGGAUUACUCAACUGGAAUCUUGAAGAUGUCUUUCCAAGACCAAACUGAAGAUGAUCAUCUCCUCUGUAUUGAGUUUAGUCAAGAUUCCAAAAGGCUUGCUUCUGGUUCAAAAAAUGGUAACAUCAAGCUCUACAAUACAAUAACCCGUGAGCUUCUACUCACUUUGGAACAUGCUCAUUCCAAAGGAGUGACAUCCCUACAUUUCUCUAUGGAUGGAAAAGAGCUACUAAGCAGCUCAUUGGACCACAAAGCGAGAAUACAUGAUUUGGGCACUUUGGAAAUGACGAAAGAGUUCUCAGGGCAUAGUGAUUCCGUUAAUUGUGCAAUCUACUUCUCAACCGACAGAAUACUCACAGCCUCACAAGAUUGCACAGUAAAAGUGUGGGAUCCAAAAACAACCACGUGUCUAAUGACAAUUGAACCAGCACUUUCUUUGAACAAGAAAAGAGCCCCUGUCAACUCUAUUCAUAUGUUGCCCACAGAGUUAGGAAAAGUCCUUGUUUGCAGCAAGACUUCAUCACUCUCAAUCAUUGACUGCUUUCAAGGAAAGCUUGUGAGGACCUUAACAGCUUCCAAGGUUCAAGGAAGUGCAUUCAUUGCCGCAUGUGUAUCUCAGAAAGGAAACUUCAUAUAUGCAGUUGGUGAAGACGGCAUGGUCUAUUGUUUUGAUUAUAAGACGGGGGAAUUGAAGCAUCGGCUAGAGGUGAAAGGACCUUCUUCUCUUCAAAACAUCUUGGCUUCAAUUCCUUAUCCAUCUUUGGCAUCAAUCAACAAAACAUCAAGUUCGGCUUUCCCCAACCAAAAUCAGCCUCUCUUACACCAGCUAUUACUCAUCCACUGAGAGCGCAUCUAUCUUCUUGGAGUACCUGUCAAGAACAAACGCCAGCUCUAUGCUUUAGAGUUCCCAAUGAUUCUUCAAAGAAAUCAGAUGUGUUUAUGGAUUAGUACGUGCUCACAAAAUCGUCAAACGGCGUCUUCUCGCAUUCCACUAGCAGAAGAUCAUGUUACGCAGACCCAACAUUCGAUGAUAGUUGAUCAAAAGGUUUUUAUUGCCAAUAUCGGUGAUGCUAAGGCUGUUUUGGCACGAUCCUCUACUCCCAGUGAGAUGGGGAAUCAUAUAGAAACAUGUAAUCCACUCAAAGGAAUUCUUUUGACAAGAGAGCACAAAGCAAUUUAUCCACAGGAGCGUUCUCGCAGUCAAAAGGUAAGAUUAGCCUAUGAUGAGCCAGACAGUGAUCUCCUAGAGUACACCAUGCUCUGGCUUUUGGUGAUCGUCAAUUCAACAAGUUUGGUGUCAAUCGACACUUUCAUCAGCAUCACCGGCGCUUCUGACACCGUCGCCCUUCAGAAACUCGAGGAACAUCGUGGUGAUCUUAAUCAAGCGGUGAAUGCAUAUUUCAGCGAAGGAGAUCGAAAUGUAGUACGUGAAGCGCCGAUUAAUGCUUCUUAUGAUGAUGAUGAAAUGGAUAUAGAUGAUGUGAUUCCGGCUCCACAAUCUCCUCUAUCUAUGUUCAAUGCAGCUAGAACAAUGGGCCGUCCUUUUUCACUUUUGGAUUCGGACUUUGCUAGACGUGUAUUUGAUAGCGAUCCUCUUAUGCCACGCCUUCCGUUUGUUAGUCAUCCCAGAGAGGUUAGACAGAUACCAAUCGAGGUUAAGGAUAGCAGUGGACCAUCAGGACGAUCUAGUGAUGCUCCUACUAUUGAGGAUGUGACAGAAACAACACAUGUUCAGGCUCCAGCUACCCAAGGAACUGUUAUUAUAGACGAAGAGAGUGAUGAUGAUAUUCCUUUUGCACCAAUGGGACGAAGUAGGCAAGACAGACCUGCUGGUUCUGAAGCCAAUAAUAAUCAAGAUUACAAUGAUAUAGAAGAAGAAAUGAUCAGAGCUGCCAUUGAGGCCUCAAAGAAGGAGGCUGAGGGAUCAAAUAACCCUUUGCUUGAAGAAAGGCCACCUCACGUGGAAGAUGAUGAUGACAUAGCAAAAGCUGUUUACAAUGUCACUGAAGUGCAGUCAGCAGAGGAAGAAGUUUUGCGCAAUCAAGGGCUUAUGCCCUCAACCUCAGAAAUAGGAACUUCUGAAAUGGCUGUUGCUCAAGGACCUCAGGAUACCCAAGCCCUGAACGGAAGAUUGGCAGCACCUAGCUCACCAUUUGAUGAUGACUCUGAUGAUGUUGAUGAGCAACCUCUUGUUAGACACAGGCCAAGACGUGCAGCAUCUGGAUCUCUGGCUCCACCUAACGCUGAUCGUUCCCGGAGUGAGAGUCCUGAAGAAGAAGGUGCAAGUACUAAUCCAGCGGAGCGUGGCAGUGGGUUUCCUUCUGAGUGGGGAGGCAUUUCGUCUGAGGAACAUGAUGAAGCUGUCAUGCUCGAGGCAGCCAUGUUUGGUGGCAUUCCUGAAACUGGAUAUAAUCAUCGUCCAUAUAUACCUCCUCAGCCGUGGGCACAACCCCGUCCACCCUCACCUUCGCUGACAGCUCAGAGGUUAAUACGGGAACAGCAGGAUGAUGAGUAUCUUGCAUCCCUGCAAGCUGACCGAGAUAAAGAAAUGAAAUCCAUAAGAGAUGCUGAGGCACGUCAGCUAGAUGAAGAAACUGCUAGAAAGGCUUUUCUGGAGGAAGAAAAGAAAAAAGAGGAAGAAGUUCAAAGAAAACUCGAGGAGGAACAGGAGCUAGAAAGGCAACUAGAUGCAAAAGAAGCGUCUCUACCUAAGGAGCCCCAAGCAGAUGAAGAGAAUGCCAUUACCCUUCUAAUCCGGAUGCCGGAUGGCACACGCCGUGGCCGCCGGUUCCUUAAAUCCGACAAACUCCAAUCUCUUUUCAACUUUAUAGACAUUGCCAGAGUGGUCAAACCCAACACUUACAGACUGGUGAGGCCAUAUCCGAGGAAAGCGUUUGGGGAUGGAGAAAGUGAGUCAACUCUGAACGAUCUUGGAUUGACCAGCAAACAAGAAGCACUGUUCCUUGAGCUUAUCUGAGCAAGUUUAAAGUUCUUAAAUAUAAGACUCUUUAAUUU